GUGUUCUAUGCAAAUGAGCCAGCUGUAGGAGAGAAAGAAUCUGCUCGGCAGCGGCGCGACGGGCUGAAGAUGGCGGACGGCGAAGACGGUCUCGGUACUGGGCUUUCGGGCGCCCUCGGAAUGGACGGACCGGUCGCAAAAAGAUCGAAAACUGCACCGGGCACAAACUGCGGAUUCAAAGUUGCUGAAGCAGAACAAUUUAUGUGUGCCUCUGCGGACACAGAGAACUGGGAGGCGGCGGCGGUGGAUUGUGCGCAGCCAGCGGGGAAAGAAGCAAAGCCGGUGAUGGCGGUAGAGCAGGCCCCAGCAGCAGCGCUAGGUGAAGACAACAAUGAACUCUCCGCGUCCUAUGGACCAGCCGUGAAACUGGGAGACAGUGCCAUGCUGGGCACAAACGAGGAGGCUCCGGAUUUUCAUGAACAUGAUGAUUUUGCUUCCAAUGGUUUGGCAGUGACACCAGACCACAUCACAGAGGAAGAUGACAGAUCCUCUCAUGCCAGUUCCAGUGACUGGACCCCUCAGCCCCAAAUAGGAUCAUACAGUUUCAUCCAGCAACACAUCAGAGAGACUGAUCCAAGGACCAUCCUGAGGGACCUGCUGCCUGAGACCGUGCUCCCACCAGAUUUAGAUGAUAUGACAUUGUGGCAGAUUAUCAUAAACAUCUCAGAACCUCCAAAGAGAAAGAAACGGAAGGACCUUAACACACUGGAAGAUGUGGUGAGACUCCUCCAAGAAAGUAAAAGGAUCCUUGUGCUGACGGGUGCUGGGGUGUCUGUUUCCUGUGGAAUACCAGACUUUCGCUCAAGGGAUGGAAUUUAUGCACGGUUAGCUGUAGAUUUUCCGGAUCUUCCAGACCCUCAAGCAAUGUUUGACAUUGAUUACUUCAGACGGGAUCCAAGACCUUUUUUUAAGUUUGCUAAGGAGAUUUAUCCUGGUCAGUUUCAGCCAUCGCCUUGUCAUAACUUCAUAUCUAUGCUUGAUAAACAAGGGAAGCUACUGCGCAAUUACACACAAAACAUUGAUACUUUAGAACAAGUGGCAGGGGUGGAGCGGAUCAUCCAGUGUCACGGCUCAUUUGCAACGGCAUCUUGCCUCAUCUGUAAACACAAAGUGGACUGCGAUACCAUAAGAGAAGAUAUCUUCAACCAGGUUGUUCCUCAUUGUCCAAAGUGUCCAGAUAUCCCACUGGCAAUCAUGAAGCCUGAUAUUGUUUUCUUUGGUGAGAAUCUUCCAGAAAUGUUCCACAGAGCCAUGAAGCAGGACAAAGAUGAAGUGGAUCUUUUGAUUGUCAUUGGUUCUUCUCUUAAAGUCCGUCCUGUUGCCCUCAUCCCAAAUUCUAUUCCUCAUGACGUGCCUCAGGUCUUGAUCAACAGAGAGCAGCUCCCUCACCUCAACUUUGAUGUGGAGUUACUUGGGGACUGCGAUGUCAUUAUCAAUGAGCUCUGUCAUCGUUUGGGUGGAGACUUUGAGCAGCUCUGCUUCAACACUGUAAGACUGACUGAGAUCACAGAGAAACCCCCACGGUUUCCAGAACAGUUACCCAGCGAGGUCUUGCCUGCUUCCAGCGACACAGUUCAGGAGGAGCAGGAGCAGAACAGUACACACUCAGUAGUUAAGCCCUCAGAAGACACAGAAAAUCUACAUGUCACAGAGACUGCUGGUAAUAAUCUCUUACCUCCAGUUGAUUUGCCUGCGGAAGGCGUGGAAAAGGAGGAGGCUGCUGAAAUAAGGAAUCCAACUUCCAACCUGGAAUUUCGCAGACGGUUUUGGAUAAGUCGAAUCAACAGAAGUCCAAUUAGCAAACGCCUUGAUGCAGGCCAGUACCUGUUUCAAGCACCCAAUCACUACAUCUUCCAUGGGGCUGAGGUUUACUCCGACUCUGAAGACGAGACAUCCAGCUCUUGUGGCAGUGACAGCGAGGAGUCGGAAUGCAGCGGAAGCGGGUUGGAAGACAACAGUGAACCCGAGGAUGCAGACACACGUCCAGUGGAUGAAGAAACUCAUCCAAGAGACACAAUUCAACAUACUGUAGCCACAGCGGACGCAUCCAGUGUACAAAUAGACAAUACUUUUGAAAAAAUUCAGAACACCACACACCUUUAAUUCUAAAAUCCAUUACCAACAAAGCACUAAUUGUCUUUAUAUAUUUAUAUACAUAUAUAUAUAUAUAUACACAUAUAAGUGUGUGUAUAUAUGUAUAUGUUUUAUAUAUAUAUAUACACAUAUAGUAUGUGUAUAUAUGUGUCUCUUCGAUUUUUGUCUUUUACCUUACCCCAUUAUUUUCAUAAAGUUUUCAUAAACUGCUUAUGUAAUAGGAUGCAGUAGUCGCUGGUUCUUGUUCUAUUCGGCUUUUCUUUGAUUUCGACAUAUUUUCUUUACAUCUGCAGAUUUAUGUCAAAAAAUGUAAGUGCAGAAUAUGACUAAUUCAACAGCAGACCAAGCCUCAGUUGCAAGCUUAUUGGUCUCAAUCCAUAGGCUGUUUGUCAAAUGCAUUUUAUUGUGUUACCACGUUACCAUUGAGGAAAUGUGUAAAUAUGUAAACCUACUGCCUGCUAUGUGGUGGUUACUAUGAGUUUCAGACAUACAGAAAUCUAAAGGUUUAUUUGAAGACAUAGUCUAAUUGCAAUAUAAGACGUUUGGCUUUGCUCUCGUUCACUACGGCGACAGCUGGACCAAAGGAACAGUACUCUUUAUGUUUAGACCAAAGAACACAACUCGCUCCUAUUUCACAGAAGCUUUGUACCUUGUUUACCUUGCCAUUUAAAAAAACGACUAUUGACAUGAUGUUCCUUCGGACAUGUGGCAGCUACUUUUUACGGUCAAGCCUCUAAUUUUUAUACUCUGAUAUGAGACAAUACUCAUCAAAGAGUAGAUGACUCUCUGUACAAAGUUAUACUAAGUCAUAAUGUAUGCCUUAGGAAUAUAUUCGAUGAGUUCACCUUGAAGUGCAGCACUUUUUUUUCUGUGGUCUGGGUUUUUCUGUUUUGUUUUUUUGCUAAAGAAAAAAGUUGAUUAUACAGAAAAGUCUGCUGCCUGUUAAGAUUAAAGCUGUUGCUAGAGCAUAGGCUACAUUUGAGCAUAUAUGUUCAGAAAGAAAUCUACAACAGUGGAAUUCACAUGCCAUUUUAGAGGACAUGUUUUGUUUACGGUAUAAAAGAAAAAAAUGUUUUUACAUUGUUGUAGUUGUUACUACUUCUGGGGUUUUCAGUAAAUCAAGAAUGAAAUGCACUGAACACUCAUUCUUGUUAUUUCACAUC